UAAUUUUUUAUAAUUAUCGUAUGGUUUUUUUCUUACAGUCCUUUAAACUCCUAGGAUUUCUUGAUGUUAAAAGUGUCCCAUGUGCAAGAGAAUCAGUGCUCUACGGCUCCGUGGGAUCUUUAGUUGUGGGUCUUGGACAUUUUUUAGCAACUAGUAGAGUUAGAAGAUCUUGUGACUUUGCAGUUGGUGGCUUUAUUUGCACAAUGUUAGGAUACUGGUUUUACUGCAGGUACAAUUUGGCCCAACAUAGGAUCCGGCAAAGAAUGCUUAAAGAAGGAAUGAGAAACAAAAUUUUAUUUGAAGGCAGUGCUCUUGAUCCAACAAGAAAACAAACUGGCAAUGAAAGAAGUGAUUCAUAGUCUGCUGUAGAGGAAUCUGUGGUCUAAUACAGCUCUGGGAGAAGGUGGUCCAAAAAUGGCAGUCUUCCCUGCAAAUGUGCGAGGUGCCUAAAAGUGAUAAAUCAUGCUGGUUUUCCUAGCAAAUCCAAGCCAGAAAUUCAUAGUGAAUCUGUUAAGUCAGUACACAAGCCUUUCUUUGUUUCAUAUAUGUAUGUAUGUAUAUGACUAUGUACACAGAUAGGAGUGACC